AUGGGGGCGGGACAGUCGCCGUACAUGAACGUGCUCCGCUCAUACGACAAGAUCCCGCGCGUGCACAACAUCCUUGUCUCGUUUUUCGUGUGGAUUCUGUUGGCCGGCUUCGUCAUCGUCCCCGGCUCCUUUACCAGCCUCAAACGCAGAGUGCAAGAUGGCGGGACCCUGCCUCCCGAGGUCGGACGCACCGGCGGAGAAAUUGAGAAGUUCCUCCUUACACGCGACAACACGAUAGCCAUGGUGAUUGGCUUCGUCUGCAUAGGCGUCGGCGCGUUCGGCUCGGCGUGGCUCGCCCUGCGGUGGCGGCGCGACUACGUGGGUCUGUUCAACUACGUCUGGCUAUUGAACAAGCUGUACAUGCCACUAAUCCUGGCCUCGUCGGCGGGCCUCAUUGCAAACUUUACGGCCAUUUACACGCAGCAGGUGGGGGAGUGGAGCACGCCGGCCGUCAUCUCGGCCAUCGUCGAGGCGUCGAUCCUCGGGGUGAGCCUGCUUCUGUAUUUUGCCUACAAUUACUGGCUGCAGCAGCGGGUGCGCGCCGAGAAGGAGGGGACCUUUACGGGGUGGAUGGAGAAGAAGUCAAGAAUGAACAAGAAGAAGAAGAGAGGCGCCAGGUUGAACGGGUUGUUGGCGCGGCUCGGGAGGGUCCGCAAAAAGUCGGUGGUCAGUGUGGUGUGA